AUGAUGCACAAUCCUUGGGUUAGGAGCCCUAGAAAUCUCGGCCGAAAUGCGUUGGCCAUGAUCGCCAGCCUCCUUUUCACUCUAUGGCUAACCGUUGUCGUAAUUCUCACCACCUCCUUCGAUUCCGAAUUGUACUCCACCACAGAGCACACUGAUUUCCUCGCGCCGGAGCUCAAUUCGACCGAUCAGCCGGCGAUUGAGGCAGGUAAUUGCAGCGUGGAUGAUCCGAUCAAUUGUCGCGACGACGAGGUUUUCGAAUUGUUGAUGAGCGCGGCCUUUGAAAACCUCCGGGACGUCGAUUUCUACCAGUUCGGGAAGCCGGUGGAAGGGGAUAACGGCAGCUCCUGCCACAUGGCGUGGCGGUUUAAGCACAAGGAGGCGAAUUUGGUUGGAUUUUACAAGGAUUAUCGGAGUUUUAGGGUUUUGAGAUCUGAGGAUUGUAAACUGCGCGUGGCUGGAAUUGGGGGUUUUCAUUCCGGUGGCAAUGCGAGGAAGGGGAAAUUCGAGAAGGCGAUUGAGAUUGGAGAGACGGUGAAUGGUGAUUUGGAAUUCGAGGAGCCGUUUAGUGAUGGCAAGUAUUUGGUGUAUGGAGAUGAUGGUGUGAAGUACAAGAGCACAUUGCACUUUUCUUGGAGCUUCUUGUGUGCCCUAGGCGAGGCGGAGUUCUUGAACCGGACGCUGGUGGUGGAUAACAUUCGUUUCGAUUGGCCUAGCGUGGCUGAAGGGGAGAUGGUGAGAGAUUUCAGAUACUACUUUGAUUUGGAGAAUUUGAAGGAUGCAUCCUCUGUGAUUGAUCAAGGGGUGUUCUGGUCAGAGUGGGGCAAAAGAAACGGAUUGGAGGUCCAUGUUGUGGAGGACUCUCGUGUUACACCGAUGAAGCUGGCUGAGGCGAAUCAGAGCUUGAUCAUAAGGAAGUUUAAGGGAGGUGACUAUUGGUGGAAAGUGUGUGCAGGGGAGGCAGAUAGGGUGAUCCAACGGCCGUGGCAUAAGUUUAGGAAUUCGCGGUCUUUGUGGGAUGUGGCCACGGCUAUAGCCUCGAGAAUGGAGUGGGAUUAUGAUAGUGUUCAUGUUGAGAGAGGGGAGAAGGCCAAGAACAAGGAAAUGUGGCCUAAUCUUGAGAAUGACACUUCUCCACAGGCUGUGUUGGCUGCUUUGAGAGGGAGAGGUGUGGAGGAUGGGAGGAGGGUCUUCGUUGCUACGGAUGAGGAUGAGGCGAGAUUGUUUGAUGUGUUGAACCAGAGGUACGAGGUUCGGUUUCUUGAGGAUUACAGAGAUCUGUGGGAUGAAGGGAGUGACUGGGACUAUGAAGUGAGGAAGCUCAACGAUGACAUCGUUGGUGUCGAGUUUGAUGGUUACAUGAGAGAGCUUGUGAACUAUGAUGUGUUUUCGAGGGGGAAGACGAAGGUUGAGACGUUUUACGAUCUGACUAGAGAUUGCAAGGAUGGUUUGAACACAUGCUAG